AUGGCGUCCACUGCUGUCCCCAAGCGCGUUGCGCUGCACCGCAACCCCACCACGGACUCCUCGGUGACCAACUCAACGACGGCCUCCCCCUUCGAUAGCCCUCGCCAAUCGCCCUCGUCAACCUCUCUGUCCUCCAUGGCUUCGGAACAGGACAACGGCGGCAAGAUGCUGGAUACCUAUGGUAAUGAGUUCAAGAUCCCGGACUUCACCAUCAAGCAGAUCCGUGAUGCCAUCCCCGCACACUGUUUCCACCGAUCCGCCAUCACCAGCUUGUACUAUGUUUUCCGAGAUGUCGCCGUCCUGGGCUCCGUCUUCUACCUCUUCCACAAUUAUGUCACUCCCGAGACCGUUCCCUCUUUCCCCGCUCGUGUGGCUCUCUGGGGGCUGUACACCGUCAUCCAGGGUCUGUUCGGUACCGGCGUGUGGGUUUUGGCUCAUGAGUGCGGUCACCAGGCCUUCUCUCCUUCCAAGGUUCUCAAUGACACUGUUGGCUGGAUCUGCCACUCGGCUCUGCUCGUGCCUUACUUCUCCUGGAAGAUCUCCCACGGCAAGCACCACAAGGCCACCGGUAACAUUGCCCGUGACAUGGUUUUCGUUCCCCGCACCCGUGAAGAGCAGGCUUCCCGCCUUGGCAAGGCCGUCCACGAACUCGGUGAGCUGAUGGAGGAGACUCCUAUCGUUACCGCCCUCAACCUCGUCCUCCAGCAGUUGUUCGGCUGGCCCAUGUACCUGAUCACCAACGUGACCGGCCACAACAACCACGAGAAGCAGCUCGAGGGCCGCGGCAAGGGCAAGGCUAACGGCUGGUUCGGUGGUGUCAACCACUUCAACCCCUCCAGCCCUCUGUACGAGGCGAAGGAUGCUAAAUUGAUUGCUCUGAGUGACCUCGGUCUCUUGAUCACUGGUUCCGUGCUGUACUAUAUUGGCUCAACCUACGGCUGGCUCAACCUGCUGGUCUGGUACGGCAUCCCCUACCUGUGGGUGAACCACUGGCUCGUUGCCAUCACCUACCUCCAGCACACCGACCCCACCCUCCCUCAUUACCAGCCCGAGUCCUGGAACUUCGCUCGCGGUGCCGCCGCCACCAUCGACCGUGACUUUGGCUUCGUCGGCCGCCACAUCCUGCACGGCAUCAUCGAGACCCACGUCCUGCACCACUAUGUCAGCAACAUCCCCUUCUACAACGCCGAUGAGGCCUCCGAGGCCAUCAAGGGCGUCAUGGGUGAACACUACCGCAGUGAGGCGCACACCGGCUGGACGGGAUUCUUCAAGGCGAUGUGGACCAGUGCCCGCAUCUGCCAGUGGGUCGAGCCCUCCGAGGGUACCACGGGCGAGAACCACGGUGUGCUGUUCUACCGCAACACGAACGGCAUCGGUGUCCCUCCCAGCAAGUCCGGCAAAUAA